AUGUUCACAGUAUAAGUCAUUAUGUCAUUUUUUACGAUUUGCAAAUUGCCAAUUUUUGACUUGUGUAUCGUAUACAUAAUAAAUAAAUAACCAUAGGAACUGAAUUAUUUACUCAAGUUCUAGAUUUACUUAUAACCGAUAUUUUCAUAAAUAUAAUUCUUAUAUAAUACGUUCAAAUGAAUAAUGAAUAACAAACUUUUAAACACUCUAGCUAACGCAAUAGACAAUAAGGAUGAAAUUAAAAAAAGGAUAGACAAUGGAAGAAUUACUUUCACUGAACUACAAUCAUGUGUUGAAAACUGCCAGAAUCGUUUUGGGGGAAGAUCUGAAUUGGCUACAGAAGAUGAUAUAAGAAUUUUAAACCUGUGUGAAAAAUGGGAAAAAGUUCUUAGUCAUGGGCUGAAGACAAAUCUUUCAAAUUCAGCUAUACAAAAUUUUGUAGCUGCUGGUUUCAAUUUAACUUUUAAUAUUGUUAACAUUGGAAAUUCUUUGUGGAGUUAUUGUUGUCUUCAUCUUACAAAACAUGAGAAAGAAAGGUUCAAAAUACUAUCUAAUAUUAACACUCCAUUGGGGUACUUCAGAGCUUUUCUACGAGCCUCUUUAAAUGAAAGAUCUUUAGAAAGAUAUUUACAAAGUUGGGUUUCACAUGGGCUGCUAAUUGAAUAUUACGAUGAAGGUGCAUUUGUUCGUACCCAGGAAGCAAGUUUGCUUCCUAGUGUAGCAGCAGGCUUAUCAUCUGUUUUGUUUGCAUUAUCAAUUGACAGAGCAGAACUCAAUGAAUCACAACAAUUAAAUCCAAUAAAUAAAUCUGAACUUGUUAUACCACUACCCACACCUAUUAAGACAUCUGGUAAUUCAAAACGAAAACCAAUACGCCAAGUAAUAUCUUUUGAUAAAGAUGAAGAAAAAAAUGUCAUUAAGCCAAAAAACUCCAUUGAACCCAAAGAUAAUUCAAGUGAGUGCUCCUGGAAUAGUGCACCAGCGACUUGCCUCAAUUCUCCGGAUCCUAAAGUUACGCCGAAAGUAGUUUCUCUUAGUGAACCAACUAGCUCAGAUUACAAGAGUAGUCUAAGACAUUUUUUUCCUGACAGUGUAAAAUCAAUGGACAACCCUUUGCAAAUACUAUCUAAGUUAUCUGAAAGUGCCAAAGAAAUAUUUUCGAGCUCUCAAAAUAGCAUAGACAAGAAUGUUAUUGUUAAAGAUGAUAUGUCUGAUUUGAGUGUCAAUUGUCUUAAAAUAUCAGAGAGUGAUAGCGAAGAGGUGGCGGGUAGCAUUGACGGAAGCACAUCGUGCUUAGAGCUUUGCUUCACUGAAGAUGAAAGUGUCCCAGAUGAGAAAAGUCUUAGUUCAGUCUUAGAAAACAGGGAGAAAGAGUUCAUGAAUUUACAACUCAAAUACAACCAAUUUGAAAUAUCAAGUAAAGAGAAAAUAAAUAAGCUAGAAAAAGUUGUUCUAGAUCUAAGCAAAGAAAAUGAUAGAUUAAAGGAGCAGUUAAGAAGCUAUAUGUCUGCAGUGGAAAUGGGCAAAGCGUUAAAAACGAAUAAUAGUCAUGAUGAAGAAAUUAAUCAAUAUGAGAAAAAACUAGUUCAGGUAGCGGAAAUGCACGCUGAAUUAAUGGAGUUCAAUCAGCAUUUACAAAGAAAGCUACAAGAUCUAGAGAAUUCUGGUCUCGAAAUACUAGAAUUACCAGAGUCAAAUGUGAAAGUUUACAUUCCCAGUGCAUUCUUAGUCGGAAAGAAAACUCAGUCUUAUCAUGUUUAUCAGGUUUUUCUAAAAAUUGGGCAAGAGGAAUGGAACGUCUAUCACAGAUAUGCAAAGUUUUAUGAAUUACACACACAACUCAAAAAAUGCCAUCCUGAUAUAGCAAAUUAUAAAUUUCCACCAAAAAAAACUUUACACAAACGGGACGCGCGCGUGGUGUCGGCGCGGCGCGCGGCGCUGCAGGCGUACUUGCGCCACGCGCUGCUGACGCUCCCCGAGCUGCGCGAGUGCACCAGCCGCGCUCAGCUCAUUACUUUGCUGCCAUUCUUCGGAACAUCAUCUACUGUGAAAGAAAAUGGCUUUAACAACACACUCACGCGUCAACAAUCCAACGAUUCUGCAUGCACUUUUGAUGAACUUUGAUGUUAGUAUUAGCGACUAGAUAUUAUAUAUUUAAAAAAUGAUUUUACCCAAAAAUAGACAACGAUCACAAUAUUGAC